ACUCGUAUUCAUAGUAUUUGUUUAUUCUUCUUAUUAUACUUGAUUAUUAAUUUUGGAGAAAAUGUUCGCAUGUAAAGUUGUUUUAAUGUUUUGAAGGAUUUUUUUUUGUAUUUUUUUUAACGUCAAUUCUUGGGUUGCUCAGGCUUUCUACAUUAGUAGAUCCAUAUAUGCUAAGUCGGCCGUGUAACUCUUAGAUCUAUCUUAUAUAUAGGCCGUCAGGAAGUCAUUGCCUUUUGAAUUAUAAGAAUUCUGAGUUUUCUCAUAGAAUCAAUUUCCUGUUCAAGGUGCAAUCAAAUUUCACCCAAAACCAAUAUUUGUCAUAUUGAGUUGAAAACAUUAUUAAUCUGUCAUGGAUUUAACUGUUAAGUAACUUGUCUUAUUGGUUGUGGGUGUUCAAAUCAUCGAGUUACCAAUUUGCUUUGUGGUUUAUAGUAUGUAUUGUUUCUUUUAGAACUUAAAUAUUAUUUUACUAUUUCUUCUCCCAAGUGGCUGAACUAUAAUUCUAUGGAACAAAUGAAAAAUACUUAGCUUAGGUGCUGACGGCCGUUAAAUUCUUGAUGGCAAGCUGUGGUGGUCACAGCAGAGAGGCAGCACCACAAUAUUGUCCUCGAGCACUUAUGAUAGCGACAUUUAUUGGUCAACUUCUAGAAUUACCACCUCAGUGCCUCUUAUUUUUACGUUUCGAAUAAAUUUGCUUUUUCCUGCUGUAGAUGCAAAGUGUCUGUUGUCUGUUCGUCCUGAUUUAGGUUUCCCACUUCUUACGAUGAGGUUGUAGGUGUGUUGCUUUAUUGGCUGUUAACUAUAAUAUAUGAAAUUAACCCCUAUUUGCCAUUUAGGACUGCUAUUUCAAUUUAUUUCAGCAUGUAAAGGAGGUGGGAGUUUAACUGAGCAGCUGGCGCAACCUUUAAAUGCUGAGAAAUCUGUUAUGGGCAACUACGAAGCACGAUGUAUACCUAAUGCAGAACUAUUCAGUAGUACACUGGUCUUCAUUGCUUCGGAGGAGCAAAGAAGUACUCAAUGUAGCUAGACCAAUCGUGCCCACCUUGAAGCACCCUGGAAUGACGUCUCAGUCACUUUCCAGAGUUCAGAUCAGCACAAUGGCGGUUAAAGAUAAUCUGAUUGUUGCUGGUGGUUUCCAAGGGGAACUUAUUUGCAAGUUCCUGAAUCAUCCCGAGGUUGCAUUCUGCACAAAAGUUACAGCAAAUGAGAAUGCCAUCACCAACGCAGUGGACAUCUAUAACAAUCCAGAUGGUGCGACAAGGAUCAUGACGGCAAAUAAUGAUGCCAAAGUUAGGAUUUACGAUGCUGAGAAUUUUGCUAGUCUUAGCUGCUUCUCAUUCGACUGGUCUGUAAAUAGCACAUCCGUCAGUCCAGAUGGCAAGUUGCUUGCAGUUCUUGGGGACAGUCCGGAUUGCUUGAUCACUGAUGCGAAUUCUGGCCGGGCUAUUGGGUGCCUCCAAGGGCACCUAGACUAUUCUUUCACCUCCGCAUGGCAUCCAAAUGGGCAUAUUCUGGCCACGGGGAACCAAGACACAACCUGUAGGCUGUGGGAUGUGAGGAAAAUGUCAGAGUCCACAGCUGUUGUAAAAGGGAGGAUAGGAGCUAUAAGAUCUGUAAAAUUCACCUCAGAUGGUAGAUUUAUGGGUAUGGCCGAGCCAGCAGACUUCGUGCAUAUCUUUGAUACCCAAUCUGGUUACCUUGAAGGGCAAGAGAUUGAUUUGUUUGGAGAAAUCGCUGGCAUAUCCUUCAGCCCAGAUGCUGAAUCUCUCUUUGUUGGUGUGUCUGAUCGAACCUACGGGAGCUUAUUGGAGUUCAACAGGAGACGUGAUAAUAGGUAUUUGGACUCCAUGAUCUAACUCCAACCUGGACUUGAACCAGUGUUCUACUCAAAGUGGAAACUGCACCUGUAAAAUCAUUGUGCAAGAGUUUGUAUAUUGAAGUUGAGAAACUAAGGCAGCAAUGCAUAGGGAAAAUUAUAAUUAUAAGUUUUAACGUUCAAAGGUUUGAAUGAUGGAGAAUCUUAAAGUACAUUUUUUGAUCUUGAAAGUAGGAAAAAUUAAUUGGAAAUUUCAAUCGGAUAUUUAUAUAUUGUAAAUUUUGUGAUUGUUCUUUAGUGUGGAGAGGAACGGGAAGUUGGAAUUUUUCUACUUCUCUAUAUUUAGGGGUAUCUACGUUCGCUCUAAAGAUUUGACGAA